AUGAAUAAAGACAAAAAUAGAAUAUACCUAUUAAUUAGACAUAUAAUUCAUUUCAUAUUCAACAAGGUAUUGAGAAAAUGCUUAUGGAUAUAGAGGAACUUUAAAAUAGUUACUAAUAAUAACUAGAAUAAAAAUAGGUUUAAAGUAAUGAAAGUAUUUUAAAGCAAAACAAAUAAGUCAAUACUUCAAAUCCAUAACAAUAUAUAUAUUCUCCUUAAAAUUAGCUGUUUCAAAAAAAUGAAAAAUAAUGUGUUAAAUAAAGCAAUAACAAAUAAUUAAUAGACUUAACUCUAUUAGAAGAAGAGGAUAUUGAAGAAAAAAAUAAGGAUUAAUAGUUCAUAAAUCCUGUUAAAAUAAAUUAAAAAGUAAUAAUUUAAAAUGAAAAACCUUUUACUAAGCCAAUUAUUGUAAGCUAAGAUUAAGUCUACUAAAAAUAAAUAUAAAAGCUUGAUCAAGAAAAUAUAUUACUUAAAAGUCAAUUAAUAGAUAGUGAAUAUUAAUUACGUUUGA